AUGGCUGUCCCCUGUAUCAGUCUUCACGACUUUGACGCCCGUCGUCACGAGAUCAUCAAAGAGCUCAUGGACGCCUCUACCAACGUCGGCUUCUUUACACUCCAAAACCACGGCAUCUCCCCCACCACCAUCGCCUCCGCCUUCGCCCUCUCCCAAUCCUUCUUCGCCCUCCCCGACAGUACCAAGUCCAAAACCGCGCUCAACGGUAAGAACGCAGGCUGGGAGAAGAAUACCCAAGUCAGGCCGAGUACGGGAACGGCGGACCAGAAGGAGAGUAUGCAGUUGCAGUUUGCGAGGAUGGAGGGGCUGUGGCCGGCGGAUGAGGAUUUGGAGGGGUUCAGGAAGGGGGCGGAGGGGUUUAUGGGGGAGGUGCAGGCAUUGUCGGUCAAGGUGAUGGAAUGUUUCGCCGAAGGCCUCGGGCUCCCGCUGGACGUCUUUACCGAAGGUACAGUCGAGACCGGCCAAGGCGACUGCCAGAACGUCCUGCGUCUGCUGCACUACCAUUCCACCGAAGGCAAAUCCUUCGGCCCCAACUUUUGGCGUGCUGGUGCGCAUGCCGACUUUGACAUCCUCACCAUGCUCUUUCAACGCGAAGGCGAAGGCGGGCUCGAAGUCUGCCCCGGUCGCAAAGUCGUCGGCGACUUUGGUCUCGGCCAGACUUGGCUCCCUGUUGAAGCGAGGCAGGAUAGGAUCGUGUGUAAUAUUGGAGACCAGCUCAUGCGUUGGAGCGAUGAUCGUCUGAAAUCGACUUUUCAUCGCGUCAGAUUGCCGGAAGGUGAUGAGAGCCGUGGUCCCAGAUACUCUAUCGCAUUCUUCAACCAAGCUCGAAUCAACACCAUCAUCCAAGGUCCUGAGAAAAAGUACCCGCCUAUCACUGGGGGCGAAUUCAUCGCCGAAGCGAUGGCGCGCAACCGUAUGGCCUCUGCCGAGCUCGCCAGACAGGCUGCGUUGGAGGAUGCGGAGGAAGUGGCUAGCAAGGUGCAUUUUGUCCCGGAACAUAUGCGCGGGCAGCAGAAGGAGGUGGCGGCGUGA